GGUCCCCAGCAGAGUGGACACUAUAAGAGGGGUGAGCAGCCCCAGCUGCAGCACCUUUGGUCACCACAACCAUGCUGGGAGCCGUCUGCCUCGUCGUGCUGCUGGGCUACGCCUACGGAUGCGGCCAGCCGGCCGUGCCGCCGCAGCUGAGCUCCCGCGUGGUGGGAGGUGUUGAUGCCGUAGCCCACAGCUGGCCCUGGCAGAUCUCACUGCAGUACACCCGCUCUGGCUCUUGGUACCACACUUGUGGUGGGACCCUCAUUGCCCCCCAGUGGGUGCUGACAGCUGCCCACUGCAUCAGCUCUUCCCUGACCUACCGUGUGGUGCUGGGCAAGCAGGACCUGACAGUGGAUGAUGAGCCUGGCUCUGUGGCUGUGGGUGUGGAGAAGACCAUCGUCCAUGAGAAAUGGAACUCCAUCCUUGUCCUGAACGACAUUGCCCUGGUCAAGCUGGCAGAGGAGGUGCAGGAGAGUGACACCGUCCGUGCUGCCUGCCUGCCUGAGGCUGGCAAGGUCCUGGCCAAUGACUACCCCUGCUAUGUCACCGGCUGGGGACGCAUCAGGACCAACGGGCCCCUGGCUGACGCCCUGCAGCAGGCUCUGCUGCCUGUGGUGGACUACGAGACCUGCUCCAAGUGGGACUGGUGGGGCAGCAUGGUGCGCACCACCAUGGUGUGCGCCGGCGGCGACGGCGUCGUCUCGGGAUGCAACGGUGAUUCUGGCGGCCCCCUGAACUGCCAGCGUGAGGAUGGCAUCUGGGAGGUGGAGGGCAUCGUCAGCUUCGGCUCCGGCCUGAAGUGCAACAUGGUCAAAAAGCCGACAGUGUUCACCCGCGUGUCCGCCUACAUCGACUGGAUCAACGAGAAAAUCAGCACCAACUAAGGACACAGCAUGGAGCACAAAUACUGAGUGUAAUAAAGGAAAUAGUACUGA